AUGGCCGAGGUCGCGGAGCCGGAGGGGGGCGCCCCGGGUCCCCAGAGCCAGCCCGAAGGCUCGGCGCUUCAGGCGGAGAGACGGGGCGAGCCGGGGGCUUCCGGCCCUGAGGCACAGAGGGAGGAGGCGCGAGAGGGCGCCGCGGAGGCGCCGAGGGGCGGGGGCCCGGGCGCAGCCGCGACGGCCGAGGUGACGGAAGGAGAAGGGCCGGGGCCGGACGGAGGGCGCGCGGGCGAGCUGGCGCCGGACGCAGGCGGUGGCCCGGGGGCCGAGACGCGGGGCGCGAGCGGAGAGCGGGGCGAGGCCGAGGCGGAGGAGGGCGCCCGGCAGGGAGAGGAGCGGGCGAGCGGCGCGGAGCUAGCGGAGGAGGCGAGCCCCGGGUGCGGCGCGCAGGGCGAGGCCCCGGGGGAGGCGCAGGUGGAGCCUGGGGAUCCCGCGGCCCCCGGGGCGAAGGAAGAGGCGGAGAGCGGGCCGGAGGAGCCGGGAGGCAGCGCGCCUGGGGAGGCGGGGGCCCGCAUGGACGCCGACGGGCUGACGGGGGACAGCACGGUCGCCGAGGGGCCGGCGGGGAACGGCACGGAUGGUGAGCCCUGGGACGGAGGGGACGGCAGCCCCCAGCCCCAGGCCGAGGCGACUGAGGCCGCAUCGGCGGAGAACGCGGAGUGCAGCCCCGGGGAGCUUGCGGGGGAGCCUCGGGGUGCAGCGGCGGGGGCCGCGGAAGAGACGGGGGACCGGGGGGGAGAGGAGUCGCAGGAAGCGGCCCCCGGGGGCGCGAGGGUAGAUGCUGGCGAGGACGCGGACCAGGGUGGGCCCCUGGGGCAGAGAGAGGAGGCAGAGGAGGAGAGGCGAGAGCGGGGUCCGGAGGGGCCAGGCGAGGAGGAGCCCCUCGUCGGCAGCGCGGAUGGGGAGGCGGCCCCGCCGACGGAGGCCCGGGAGCCCGAGGCCGAGCUGAGCAACCACCUGGCGGAGGUGGUCAGCACCGAGCGCGGCGACGAGACCGCGCCGGUGAACGGCGGCCAGGAGGACGGCGAGGCGUCCGAGGAAGAGGCCCCGGGACAGGAGCACGACAUCACCCUCUUCGUGAAGGCUGGUUGUGAUGGUGAGAGUAUUGGAAAUUGCCCAUUUUCUCAGCGUCUCUUUAUGAUUCUCUGGCUGAAGGGCGUUAUAUUUAAUGUGACAACGGUGGACUUGAAAAGGAAACCCGCGGACCUGCAGAACCUGGCCCCCGGCACCAACCCGCCUUUCGUGACUUUUGAUGGUGAGGUCAAGACGGACGUGAAUAAGAUCGAGGAGUUCCUAGAGGAGAAGUUAGCGCCCCCAAGGUACCCUAAGCUGGGGACCCAACACGCUGAGUCUAACUCUGCUGGAAACGAUGUGUUUGCCAAGUUCUCAGCGUUCAUAAAAAACACCAAGAAGGAUGAAAACGAGAUUUAUGAAAGGAACCUCUUAAAGGCCCUGAAGAAGCUGGAUAACUAUCUAAAUAGUCCUCUGCCUGAUGAAAUAGAUGCCUAUAGCACCGAGGAAGUUACUGUUUCUGGAAGGAAGUUUCUGGACGGGGACGAACUCACGCUAGCCGACUGUAACCUCUUACCCAAGCUCCACAUUAUUAAGAUCGUGGCCAAGAGAUACAGAGAUUUUGAAUUUCCUUCUGAAAUGGCUGGCAUCUGGAGAUACUUGAACAAUGCGUAUGCUAGGGAUGAGUUCACAAACACGUGUCCAGCCGACCAGGAGAUAGAACACGCAUAUUCGGAUGUUGCAAAAAGAAUGAAGUGAAGUCGGGGUGUUUUCUGUCUCGUCUCAGUCGUUAUGAGCUAGACUAUGAAAAGAGUGUGUCCUUUGUGUUUCCCUCCCAAUAACCAUCCUUCGCAAAAUAAUGCCCAUAUUUUAACAGUGCACAGGCCAUAGCGUGAUCCACUCGACACCAAAUGAUACGUAGUCUUGUAAUUUGUCAACUCGUGUAUCUGAAUAAUACCAGUAUCUGUUGUUAUACACACCAAUUAUCCAGUUUAUAUUCAUUUAUGUCUGUAACAUUCUGGGACCUGCAACACAUGCCCUAAAUAUCUGUAAUCCACAAUAUUUAGGGCAUGUGUUUUGCAGUUUAAGUUUCAAAGCAAAUAAGGUUCGGUUCAAUUCUGCCUUUAUUUAAAAAAUUGUAUCUGUCUCUGAUAGUUUUUAAUCAUGCAUAGCCUAUUCUUUUCUGCUCUAAAAUAGUAGUUUAAUCUUUUUUCAGAACGAAAAUUCUGUUUUUGUCAUUACAAAUUACACGCUUAUUUUAAUAUUUUAAAACAAUGUCAGAGGGUAUAAAGAAAGAAAAGAAUCACCUAAACUUUCACUACACUUAGAAAACUACUGAGAACUUAUCGGUGAACAUCUUCCAAAUCCUCAGACUCUCUCUUUCUCACACACACAUUCACACCGCACAUAAUUUCAUGCCUCCGUGGUAUUGCGUUAGUUUAUUUUCAAGGACUGGUGAGGGGACCCCUUGGUAAUGCCUUGAUGGCCAGCCAUAGAGGAUCUAAAACAACAGAUUCAGCAAUGCAGAGCUCAAGAGGGCGCUUGUGGCCAAGCUUCACAGGGAUGGAGAACUGUAGGGUCACAGACCCACAGGGACCUGCAGGGACAAGCGGGGACCGGAAGCCAUGGAGGGUCCCCACCUGCCUUGUUCCUGCCUCCAGGAUGCCACUGCCCCUGGUUCCAGGGAGGGGAUGGAGGAGGGUGUCUGUCUGUUUCCCUUCCCAGCUCUCUUUCGGGGUCCUUCUCUUGCUCCCCGCCUCUCACAGAGAGCACGCUUUCAGGAGGACUCUUGACAUCAGCUGUGUGUGGCAGAAUCUCCCUGCCCUGUGUUGACAUGUGGACCGAGCACACCUGAUCCCUUCUGAUGGCCGUGCUCUCCAAGACAUAACACUGUCCCUCUUCGGCCACGAUGCCGUGUAGGGCUAGCCCGGAUCUUGUUGCUUCUCUGUUCUCUCUAGUGUC